CGCAUACUCCUGCCCAGCGUGAGCUCACAGUCUGUCUACCUUUCGCUUGAAAAUCUGCGUGUCCAUGAGAAACUGUGCUAUUGUUUCACACCUAAGGCAGAAUAUUACAGAUCUGACUGUUGUACACUUUCUUUAGUUUAGCAAGAAUCUCUCCUCCUUCCAAUGGGUCCCGGUAUAGUUAUACUUUUCUCUCUGUUCGGAGUUCUCAACGGACAAGGUGGAAAACAGAUGUCAAUAGAGGAGUGCUGUAAGGAUGGUCGGGACCGGGGCGUUGAUAACCAGGACUGCACAGCCCUCCCUCUCAUCUCCGAGUCCACCACAUGCAGGAUAGUACAGGAGCAGUGCUGCGCGACGGUACUGGAGGACACCAUCUGCACCAACGGCAUCAACAUGGCCAAAGACCAGGGGGGCUGUGACACCCAGUUUCCUGGAAGCACCUGCGAGACAAAGACCGCAAAGAUGUGCUGUGACUGUUGUCUGCUGGGCCGGGCUGCUCAGGAGAAGGGUCUGCCCUGUGACCACAGCCUGUCUCUGGGCUACCAGUGUGGCCUGGUGUCCCGGGCCUGCUGUGAUGACGGUGUGAAGACCAACACUCUGGUUCCUGACAAAGACAACGAGGCCCUCACUGGCAAGGAUAAUCCCUUACUGAAUGAGUGCAGCAACGGAUUAGCGAAGUGUGCACAGGAAUGUGUGGGCAACGGCACCUGUGCCUGCUUCAAAGGCUACAAACUCAAACCAGAUGGGAAGAACUGUGAAGAUAUAAACGAGUGCCUGCUGGGUGCCAGUAACUGCCGAGGAGGCGAGCGCUGCAUCAACACGCUGGGGUCAUUUCGUUGCCAAAGAGAGGUCAGCUGUGGUACCGGUUACGAGCUUACCGACAGCAACAACUGCAAAGACAUUGACGAGUGUGAGUCGGGCACCCACAACUGCGCCCCAGACUUUAUGUGUCAGAACACUCAGGGGUCAUUCCGCUGUCGGCCCAAGAACCAAUGUGGCGAUGGAUACAUCCAGGAUGCCCUGGGCAGCUGCAUCGACAUCAAUGAGUGUCUGGCCCAGACUGGGCCUUGCCACCCUGGCCAGUCGUGUAUGAACACGGUGGGCUCCUUCACCUGCCAGAGGAACUCUGUCAACUGUGGCCGGGGAUACCACCUAAACGACAACGGCAACCGCUGCGUGGAUAUUGAUGAGUGUAAAGGUCCUGAUGGAGCGUGUGCAGGCCACGGCUGUAUCAACCUGGUAGGAUCGUUCCGUUGUGAGUGUAAGGUUGGCUUCAUCUUCAACAGCAUCAGCCGCGUCUGCGAAGAUAUCAAUGAGUGCAGGCACUACCCUGGGCGCCUCUGUGCCCACAAGUGUGAGAAUGCCGUAGGGUCCUAUAAGUGCAGCUGCACCCAAGGCUUCAAGCUGGCCAGCGAUGGCAGGAACUGUGAUGAUCUAAACGAAUGUGAGAGCAGCCCUUGCAGUCAAGAGUGUGCCAACGUGUACGGCUCCUACCAGUGCUACUGUCGCCGUGGCUACCAGCUCAGUGACAGGGAUGGCAUCAACUGUGAAGACAUUGAUGAGUGUGCCUUGCCCACCGGGGGUCACAUCUGCUCCUACCGCUGCCACAACACCCCCGGGAGCUUCCACUGCAACUGCCCCGCCACCGGCUAUACUCUGGCCCCCAAUGGACGCAGCUGCCAGGAUGUUGAUGAGUGUGUGACAGGGACACACACCUGCUCUGAGACAGAGAGCUGCUUCAAUGUACAGGGUGGAUUCAGAUGCUUGUCCUUUGAGUGUCCGCCAAACUAUCGCAGAGCAGGAGAGAACAGGGCGAGGGUCGAGCGCUCAGACACUGUCCGCUGUGUGAAGUCGUGCCAGCCCAAUGACAUCAGCUGUGUCCUGGACCCUGUACACUCCGUCUCCCACACUGUCAUCUCCAUGCCUACCUUCAGGGAGUUCACCAGGCCUGAAGAGAUAGUUUUCCUGAGAACCAUGUCGCUGGCGCACUCCUCCCCCCACAUCAGCUCCGACAUCGUGUUCGACAUCCUGGAGGGCAAUGUCCAGAAUUCCUUCGACAUCGUCAAACGUCAGGAGCACGGCAUAAUCGUGGGUGUGGUCCGACAAGUGAAGCCUCUGAUUGGCCCGCUGAACAUGGUAUUGAAGCUGGCUAUGAACUACGUCACCUCUGGGGUGGUGUCUCAUCGGAACAUCGUCAGCGUCCACAUCUUCGUCUCCGAGUUCUGGUUCUGAGUACAGGACACACACCAACACCACCUCACAUAGCCAUACUGUUCUACCACAGUACUACCAACACCACCACACAUAGCCAUACAGUUCUACUACAGUAUUACCAACACCACCACACAUAGCCACACAGUUCUACCACAGUAGUACCAACACCACCACACAUAGCCAUACAGUUCUACCACAGUACUACUAACACCACCACACAUAGCCACACAGUUCUACCACAGUAGUACCAACACCACCACACAUAGCCAUACAGUUCUACUACAGUACUACUAACACCACCACACAUAGCCACACAGUUCUACCACAGUAGUACCAACACCACCACACAUAGCCAUACAGUUCUACCACAGUACUACCAACACCACCACACAUAGCCAUACAGUUCUACUACAGUACUACUAACACCACCACACAUAGCCACACAGUUCUACCACAGUAGUACCAACACCACCACACAUAGCCAUACAGUUCUACCACAGUACUACCAACACCACCACACAUAGCCAUACAGUUCUAUCACAGUAUUACCAACACCACCACACAUAGCCAUACAGUUCUAUCACAGUAUUACCAACACCACCACACAUAGCCACCCAGUUCUACUACAGUACUACCAACACCACCACACAUAGCCAUACAGUUCUACCACAGUACUACUAACACCACCACACAUAGCCAUACAGUUCUACCACAGUACUACCAACACCACCACACAUAGCCAUACAGUUCUACCACAGUACUACCAACACCACCACACAUAGCCAUACAGUUCUACCACAGUACUACCAACACCACCACACAUAGCCACACAGUUCUACCACAGUAGUACCAACACCACCACACAUAGCCAUACAGUUCUACUACAGUACUACUAACACCACCACACAUAGCCAUACAGUUCUAUCACAGUAUUACCAACACCACCACACAUAGCCAUACAGUUCUAUCACAGUAUUACCAACACCACCACACAUAGCCACCCAGUUCUACUACAGUACUACCAACACCACCACACAUAGCCAUACAGUUCUACUACAGUACUACUAACACCACCACACAUAGCCACACAGUUCUACCACAGUAGUACCAACACCACCACACAUAGCCAUACAGUUCUACCACAGUACUACCAACACCACCACACAUAGCCAUACAGUUCUACCACAGUACUACCAACACCACCACACAUAGCCACACAGUUCUACCACAGUAGUACCAACACCACCACACAUAGCCAUACAGUUCUACCACAGUACUACCAACACCACCACACAUAGCCAUACAGUUCUAUCACAGUAUUACCAACACCACCACACAUAGCCAUACAGUUCUAUCACAGUACUACCAACACCACCACCACACAUAGCCACCCAGUUCUACUACAGUACUACCAACACCACCACACAUAGCCAUACAGUUCUACCACAGUAGUACCAACACCACCACACAUAGCCAUACAGUUCUACCACAGUAGUACCAACACCACCACACAUAGCCAUACAGUUCUAUCACAGUAUUACCAACACCACCACACAUAGCCAUACAGUUCUAUCACAGUAUUACCAACACCACCACACAUAGCCACCCAGUUCUACUACAGUACUACCAACACCACCACACAUAGCCAUACAGUUCUACCACAGUACUACUAACACCACCACCACACAUAGCCAUAAAGUAUUACCACUUACACACUACUACCACACAGUACUACCACAGUCCUAUAACUUUACCCUCCUAGCAUGAAGAGAAAGGAGAUUGCGGAGUGCAUGGAGGAGAAAAGGAAGAUUAUUUAGGUGUAUAACUAAAAGGAUAUGAAUACCAUUGGAGGGUCCAAUAAAGGGAUAUCCUGAUACAACCAACACACAUUUUAAUAACUUUAGUUAACUUUCGUUCCUUUUCGAUGAAGAUAAACAGACCACUAGCUGCUUAGUUGCUUUUGUUAUUGUAUGAAACUAAAGCACUUCCCAGUAAGUUUACCUGUAAUAUAAGUUGAUGUAACAAGCCAAGCCAUGAGUGGAUGCAUGCAUCUGGCCUACGGAACUUGACAUGAAGACUCAUAAACUGUAUCAUAUAAUGUAAGCAUGUUGUCAUGCCCAAGACUAUAGAAUGUGAUUAUGAAUUGAAAGUGCAUGCGUAGACAUGGAGAUGUGAAACACCAUUGGAGCAUUCAACAGUUGAAUGUAACACUAACAUGAGUAAUGAUGUGUAUUACAUUUCAUUUUCUUACUGUAUACAUCGCGAAAGGUGUUUCGGUACUAAAUAAAUCAUCUUGUUUUUA